AUGAUCAUGGCAGUUAAACAAAAAAGAAAUGGAAAGCUUCUCAGUGAGAAGGAGGAGAACUCAACAAACAACGGAAUCCCCACGACGUCGUCACGAGGACCGAAGCUUAACCCAACUUCCCAUUACAAAGUUGAGCGACAAAAAAUAGCUGUAGGGUCGUAUGCUUUUAGCAUUAACAAUUACCGGAUUAACAAUAAUAAUGUAACCAAAAGAAGGACUCCAAAUCGGAGAUCAGCUGUAGUGGAAGAGGAAUCGUCGAUUGAUGACUGUGGACCAAGCCGAAUUGUACGGGGAGGGCUAAGCGGACCUAUGCCACCAGAAUUGUACCCGGCUAUCUGGAUGGUAUACAUGUACAUUAGGCGCAGACCGUCUAUCCGAGCGCUGGGUCGUUCUGGAUUCGAUAGACGACUGAUUGGCAUUGUUAGUACAACAGCUUCAGAAGCCGUUUCAGACACGUAAACGAAAAUCUUGUAUCCACGAGUGGCGUCGCUAACGUUCUUCUGAGGAAAGGGUAUUGCUGACCAUUCGAUUAUAGUCGUAUAGCCGACGUCAUCUCCCGUAGUUCUUAACGAGAGUUUACUGAUCGACGGUGCAUCAGAAGGCGGCUGGUGCUCCGUCACGACUUCCACAGGACUGCUGUACUCACCGUAGUCAUCCUCGCCAUUCAAAGGCCUCAAUACGCAUUUGUAUUUGGUGUCAGCAUUCAGUUCGCCAAGGAUCCAUUCGGAAAACUCGCCCGAGAUAAUUACAGUUCGAGGAUCAUUCUCUGACGAAGUGCAGGAGAGCUGAACGGCAUGCGCUCUCCCACACUCGUUUGUUUCUUCCCACUCCCAUGAAAACGAGACAUGAGUUGAAUUGAGUACGGUGGCGUUCGUGAACGAAACUCGCCUUGGUUCACCUUUGCUAUUCACAAACGCCACCGUAUCCGUACUGAUCGCUCCAACUCCUUGAUCAUUCACAGGCCUCACUGAGAAAACCAGCAUUCGACAGUCCUCAGUGGCAUUCAGACGAACGAUUGCUUGCGGAGUAUUUGUAUCAAUAUGA